GAGUGAGUAAGCAGUGGACUCGCCACCUAGCCGCGCCCUUCGAGGUGGACUGUGACGCUGAACAGAUCUACACUAUAAAUCUCGUGAUGUCGGUGCAUGUGGCGCCCUGACUUGAUCGAGGCCAGUGAACCUUGAACCUUGAACCUUCACGGAUUGACUACAGAAAAGAAACUGAAACACUCCACUCCACUUCUCGUUCACUAAAAAGAGCUCCUGGCACGUGGUGUGCAUAAAUGAGCAGAGGACCAAUGAAGCAUUCUGCAAUUUCCAACGAAAAACGUUUUAGGCAGCAGUUUGAACUCCUCGGUGAUUGAGUAGCACACUCUUUGUUGGUCCCUCUGGUGUUUUUGGUUAGGUGUCUACCUUUUUCGGUAGUACUACCACGGAGGACAUUUUUAGUAUUAACCAUGCGGUGGGCUUACUACCGGUCACCAUGUGACGUAUGGCUUUACUAUUGCAUAUUGAUGACGGUUUCCAUAGUCUUUCUGAUGUUUGGUAUUUUCCUCGGAUUCUGUUGCUGUGGUCGAAUAUAUGAGACUACAAAACGACACGAUCUUGGUCCGUGGGAAUGAAACAGAAGAAGAAGGGCCGACCUGCAAAUAGAGGUCGGCCUUGAGAUCCAUUGAAAGAAGAGGCACUCGCUCAAGAUCCUUGGUGAAAAUCCUGUCAAAAGAAUUUGGAAAGAGAUGUGCAUAAGAAGGUGUGGCAGUUCGUCGAAGAUGGUGUAUCGAAUGAUUGAUGCGUUGUUUUACAAGGAUUGUGUAUAUCAUCAUCAUUAUCCAAGAAGAUAAGCUGCUUUAUCAUCAUCUCCUCACAACCCACACCUUUAGUUGAGCUGAUUAUUUACAGGAUUCGGUAAGCCUCUGGCCUGAGUCUAACGCGAACAUAUCAUUUGUUCUGUCUUGCAACUUGUUUUACAUAUAUAUUGUUAACGCAACAUCUUUAUACAUAUAUUCAUAUAUCCGUCCAGCUAUAUAAACAUAGAGAAUAAGAAAGUUGACCUCGAAACGAUAAGAUCCAUCUGUUGAUAGACCAACCGCGGCCUUCGCACGGUUGUCUGGCAAACGGUUCUCCUAACCGAGUUUGCAUCAAGAUCGAGGCCUCCGCCCGAUCGACCUAAGUAUCUUUGUACACACAAGACUGAGGCCUCCGCGCAGUCUACGUUAUCUGAUUUCAUACGUGAUAGUUCCAAUAGACUAAGGCCUUCGCGUAGUCUAACCAAACUGCAUCUUAGAUUUGACUAACCGAGGCCUCUGCACGGUUGAAACGAGACUUUUCUGCGCAUACGAGAUAAUCCUAAAGACUGAGGCCUCCGCACAGUCUUCAUACAUACGAUUUUGAGAUAUUUAUUGUGCCCAAGACCUCGGCCUCCGCGCGGUCUUGCAAAUACGAGUUACAAAAGAGUUUCACCGAAACACCUUUAGACAGGUGAGCCUGGUGUUCGUGGUAGCUCCGACGUUGAUCUUCACUCCCACGGUCCUAGAGAGAGAGUGUCGCUAGGCACAUCCACUUUUACUUCCCCAAGUGGUGGAGAACUCUGGACCCGAUCAACUUGCUGCCACGAAGUAGAUAGAGAAUAGAAGGAGAGGAAUAGUCGAUAUGUCUCAUCGCGUUUCACAGAUUCGACUCGAAGUAGACGAGGAAGAAGGUAAAAUUACAUAUACACUACCGCGCGAGCCUAGGUUCUCAGUGGAAGUCAACAGAAGGGUGUGUAGACUGAUUAAAUAUAAGGCGGAGCGCCUUUCUUGUGGCUCUUGGGACCCUACCCCUUCGAGCCGCUCGAGGUGGAUAAGUGUGCAGACGUUGUUGCAGUACCUCAACGGGAGAGAUCGGGAGGGUCGGCUGAUUUCGUAUAACGAACUUAUUGGCUGCCUCGUCCGUGAUCUUUGCUCGGGUUAUCUGCUCUCGUAUUGGGGCUCACACUGGGAAGGGACGGAGAAAGUUUUGGAAAUUACACAUAUUUCGGUAGCCGCUCGUAGGAGUUAACGAAAGUAGAAUAGCUGGACGGAUUAAAUAAGGAGAUAGAACUUAUAAGAAAGAAUGGCCCACACCUCCAUUAAGAUUGCGAUAGCCGAUUCUUCGAGCGCAAGCACCGAGUUAAAAACAGCGGAUGAGCUCGUCAACUGGUCGUUAAUAAAAGGUGACGCAAUCCUUGUCCGUAGCGUCACCGUUGAAACGCCAAUUUGUUUGGAAAAUAGCGAAUCCACGAAAUUUCUUUUUGACCCUCGUCCGGGUGGGAACAAGGAAGACAGUCGAGAAGGAGCAUUGCAAGAGACGGCUAAUAACGUUGACGGGUCUUCGUCAGUUUCGAAGGCAGGAAUCGGCAAAGGACCGAAACUUGUAUCUAAGGCUCCUAGCUCGGCAUCCGAGCUCAGGGACCCUUGCCCUGCUUUGUUGCUUCCUGGGACUGGAAUCGGCAAAGGACCGAAACCAGGACCGAAGCGAGCAGGUCCGACAACCGAGUUGAAAGGGAAUCGAUUUCCGGAGGAAGGUUCUACGAUUGUCGACCCGAUCACAGGAGCUUUGUACGCACCUAGCCACAAAACCCUCCUUAGGGCUGCGCAACGGGAACGUCAGGCGGCUCGGAAAGCAGCAGCAGCGACCUCACGCGACGUUGACACGAAUCGAGAAGGACGCCCGGGCUCAACGGAGGUUGUUUUGAUUGCUCGUGAGAACGUCAAUACGACUGCGAACCUUGGGUUGAUACCGGCAGAAGGACGACCGAAAGUGGUCCUCACGAAAGGAUCUCGAGCUCCAGUUGUAGAAGUCGUAACAUCGAAAACACUGGUGAAUAAGCCGCUUUCCGGGGUUUCUACGAAACCGACUGCUGCUUUGGCCCCAACCCCGGCCUCCGGGGAACAAGGUGAGGUUGAACAGGAGACCGAAACCACCGUGGUCCUUACGAAAGGACCCCGUGCUUCGGCCGAACCGAACGGGAAUUCACAAGAUCAAGGAACAGAACUGAAGUGUUCGAGCGAGCAGGUUGCUCAAACCUCUUUGUCGGAAUCCGACGAGGGGAACGGAAAGACGGGUCCUGGAACCGGACCAACAUUGCGAGUAGUCGCGGCUGACGAGAUUAGUCAAGACUUUUGUGACCAACCAAGUUCGGAAAGUGAUCCCGAAAGGGGCCCCGUUGACAAAUCGGCUCCGGUUGGUCCAUCGAACAAGGACCGAGAACCGGAUUUGAGGAACAAACGCGAGCGAGGACCAGGAGAACGACAGUCGAAGAUCUGCCCGCAGGAGGGCAGUGUUGAACCUUCAACGACGAAACGGAGCCGGCAGGUAGCGGAAAGUGGGUCUAGAGACCGUCAACGGGAUCGGUCGGUUGAACGAAAAAUCCGGCGUUGCUCUUCAUUGAGGCGCCUUUCGAAAGGUCGGCAUCCGACGGCGCGACCGGAUAGACAGUGCGGUCCUGUGGGCCGUGCCCGAGACCUUGCACGAGACGUUGAUUACCGUCGCCCGGCCCGUAAGUUUUCCAUCGAAAGGGACGUAUCGUAUAAACGGGUUCCCUCUGGUCAGUUCGAUUCCAAUUUUAAAGUGGGUUCUAAACGAACGCUUGAGACCAGAAGUCGGGAUUGUUCUCGCUCCCGAGGCUCUGGUCGGGUAGUGUCGGCACAGGACCGACGCCGCUCGCGAGGAGAAAGAGGGUUCUCGAAAGGUACCUGCACGUUGAGCGCACAGGGUCGCUCUUUGUCUCCCCCCCGGUCGCCUGUAACAGGGUUUGGUGGUCGGAGACGAUCCAAAGCGGUUGCGCGAGAAACAGGCCGGAAGAAGUUCGGGAGAAGGUGAAGAUACCUACGUGAAAUCCGUGAAGCGCAACUGGGAAGUGGUGUUGGGAGCGCGGGAUGUCUUUGGUUUUGUUCCGAGGUUCUGACAACUCUUUCAAACAGGUGCGCGUGUCACCGGAAUUCGAGGAAGGACGGUUGAAACGUCUUUCCAGAAGUGUUAGCCCUCCUCGACCUCUGCGACACCGACGUUUGUGCAGCUCGCGCACAUCUCUACUUUGCGUUUGUCCGGAGCGAUACGCGCUCGGAGAAAUUGAGUUCGUGAGGACCCCUCACUCGUUCGAAGUCGAACCUUUAGUUGACGGCAUUGCCCCGCCACCGCUCAAUUUGGAAGAUACGGACGUAACCCUCUUUUUGAAAUAAAACGGCGUGUUCACACGAACUGGAGUUGUUGACGAUACCCGUGCUUCCCUCGAUAUAGAAACGUGGUGCUAUACGGCGCCCCGAAUUCCUCCUUCGUUGACACAAGAAAGACGCAGGUUCUUCAGGGAUUAUUUGCGACACCAAGUCGAAGACCCGAAGCGACUUCUGGAUUACUUGUACGGUGCGUCAGAAACCGCUGCCCCCCCCUCAGUUGCCCUGGGAGCUGUACCCCGAGAGCCGCUACGGUUCCGACCGAAGGUGGUACGGGAUGAGCAGUUCGAGCGGAGAACCCGCACCUCCGAGACCUCCGGGCUCCGACCCGAGGUGGGAGGAGAGACCACGGGGGGCCGACGUCGAAACUCUUGUUGUUCCUAGUGGGUCGGCAGUGCCAGCCGGCAGCCUAGGGCUGGAACCGAGACUUUCUGGGGAUCGGGUCCUCGAAAGUUUCUCGUGGAAAGAUCAAACCCUUUGGCGCGUGGAAGGAACGAACGUGUUUUUCCAGAAAGUUAUUUACAAGGGCGCUACGAAUGUGAUGAACAUGUAUGCUCGCGACCAGGCCGGAAAUGUGGAUCAGCGUUUCGUUGGAUUCAACCGCCGGGAUUUGGGAAUCGAAAGGUCUAAGUUUCGACCGGCGACCGGUUCAGAACUGGAAGUAUCUCUCGGCGUUCCGCUCGUCGAUGGUAUGACACUUAGAGGUCGGACCCCUUCCACAUCGGCGGUCCGAGGAUAUGAGAAAGAAGGUUCUACGAGUGCUGUCCUUGACAACGGAGCUGUCCUCCUGGAAAGAUAUAGGGGUGUGGCUAAAGAGGCACUUCAAGGGUCUGGUCCCGUUGACGCGGCUGAAUCGCCGCCGGUUUUCCGGUCUCCGGUUUCGAGUUCAGGGUCUGAACCCAUUGUGAUCUUGACUGACGGCGAGGACGGGGUGCUGACAAAUCGCUCUGGUGGCUGUAGCUUGGGGACUAGUCUCGAAGAAUCUCCUAAGAAGACUGUUUCCGCGGAUCCGGAUGCAAAAUAUGACCUCGACGACGUGUUUGGACCAAGCACUGGUCUCCACGGUGUGCCUCCGCCUCCUGGGGACGAUCCGGAUGCGGGAGACACCGAUGUUGAGGUGGCCGACGUCGAGAUGAUUGACAACGAGCUGGUCGACGGAAGUGCGGUUCUCGGAAAUCGAGUUUCAAACUCGGCCGACCACGACUCAUUUUCGGACCUCGAAGGACAUGCAGCGACGGGAAGCUCGACUGAGCGCAACUUGGGCCUGAUGGGUCGUGAGGACGCCGUGAUCGGCCCUCCGUUGCCGGCUUUUGACGAGGAUCCCGGUUUCGUUUCACUUGGCUCGCCUGCACCGGGAAGUGAAGGGUGGCCUGCGGAAGAAACCGCUGGGGAUGUUUUGAUGAGUAGUGCUUACCUAGAUGUUUCUAGUUCUGAAAAAGGGGUGCUCGGUGCCGUCCCGGCCCCAAGAGCUGACGAAAUGGAACGGUUCUCGACGACCCCGGUCCGACGGCGCAGUUGUGUUGUCACCGGUGCUGCCCGCACGCGUGACUACAGCCCGUACGGUCCUCGGAUGUUGCGCACCGCCUCCACCCCGGCGUACCGAAUGGAACCGGUCGUCACCGAGACUGUGGAACAGAAGGCUCGCCGUCUCGAAGGUGAGAACACUUUUCUUGGAGUCCGCAUUUCGGAAAAGACUGACGAACUUGAGGUGGCGAAAGAAAGGUUGAAGAGAUCGGAAAACGAAACUGUGGUCCUUCAAGGGACGAUCAGAACGCUGACUGCGGACCUUGAACGAGAACAGGAAGGAUCUUGGCGUUGCCGAGACCUUGAGGUGACGGUUGAACGCCUGCACACCGACCACCGACUCCAAAUCGACGCGUGCAAUGCCUCUAUCAGAGAGGCCGAAGACCGUGCCCGAGCAGUGGCCCUCCAAUUUAAGAUUGAGAGAGAAAGUUUCGAAAAAGAAGGCUUGGAGAAAGAAAGGAGUUGGAAGAACUGUUUCCAAGAUUUUCAAAAGAAGUUGGAGACCGCCGAAUCUGACACGCGAGCAGCAAAGUCUGUUUUGGAAACGGAACGGGAAGUCACCGCUGCCCUCCGCACGGCGGUGCAGACCGCGAAGACCGCCCUCGAAACGGUGAAAGCUGAGCUCGAGACGACCGUUGCUGAAAGGAUGCGACAAGACGCCCGAAUCCAGGUUCUAGUAACGUUUGAAAGAAGGUGCGCGGAGCUGGAAAAACAGGUUGAAAUGCUGAAAGCCGCGGUGACCAAUGGAAUGAAAGAAACCUCUGAUAAAGAGGUUGAGAUUGCUGAACUCCAAGCUGACUUAUUGACUUCAAGGGAGGUGACAAAAGCCGCGGAAGAUACUUCCAAGAAGGAUCAGGAGACGAAGCGACUCUCAGAACAAAGAAGCCGGUCGCUGGAAGAGAAGGUUCGAGCGCUGGAAGUCCUUUCGGAGUCUCGGAAACUGAAACUUGAUGAAGCGACUGGCAGUCAAGCCACUUUGUUGCAGCGACUCGCCGAGGCUGAGGAGCGUGCGAGAGCUCUUGUGGCCAGGAAGGAAGAGGCCAUGGAGUUGACGAUGAGGCUGCGAACGCAGAUCCAAGAACAAACUUCUGUAGUUGCGGCCCCGGCCCCACUGGAUGUUCCAGGGGAUUGGACUGCUGAACAACAGAACCUCCAGAAUAAAUUUGGAGAGUUGGCUGCUCAAAUUUCAAGCGCGGAAAGCGAUCUCGCUGUGGAGAAAACAAAGGUUUCGACACUCAUAACUGAGCGUGAAGCUGCGGAAGCGGCUGUUGCGGUUUCUCGGAAAACCGAGAGCCGUGCGGUAGAGGCGUUGCAAGAAACGCAGGACCUCCUUGCGACUUCGGUUGCAGAGUUAGCCCGAGAACGGCGUGCGCAGACGGAUCGAAUUGAACAGAUCCUUAAGAGCAAAACCCUCUCGCUGGAAAAAGCCGAGAAAGCACACCAAGCCUCGGUAGUUGCCCUCAAGGCUACUCACAGAAGUUCGGUCGAAGAGUUGCAACAACAGCUUUUGUCGACCCGGGCGGUUUCGUCUGGGUCUUCCUUGACUGCUGCGUUAGCUGCGAGUCAGCGAGAGCAAACUCACCUGGUGGAGCAACUCAAGGAGAGUCGACUCGAAAUUUCGAAAUUGAAAGAAGAUCGUCUCCUCGAGCGUAAAUCCCAAGCUCGUGCUGAGUUACUUGAAACCGAAAUUGCGGAUGCAAAACGCCAUGUUUCUUCGGUAGAUCGACAAAAGGUCGAACUGGAAACGGAACUUGGUGACCUCAAACAGGAGGUUGAAGAGUACAAAGCUCGCGUUUUCGAUUUAGAGGAAUCGGCCUCGAGAACUGGUGAUGAUCCUGGGAAGAGCUCGGAAGAAAACGCUACCACCGCCGCACUCCGAGCUGCGUUGAAGGACAGCGACAAACGCGUUGGCAAACUCACGGUGGAUUUGAAGAAACAAGCAGAACGGUUUCAAAAAGAAAUCUCGUCCCUCCAGUCUCAAUUGAGAGCUCGAGAGAAGGAGUUUUCCAGGACAACCUCCUUUGCGUCGGUUGCACCGGCGAGCCGAUCACAAUCGGCUCGAUCAGCUUCCCCGGUUCCAACAGCGCCGCGCGCCGGUAUUAGUGAUGGCUUUUCGACACCGGCCCCUGGGUUUUCAACUAGUGAGGUGGACGAUGAAUGGAAGUCGGUUCCUGACCUCAUCUUGCAAGCCCCCGUGGUAAGUGAGUGCAAAAAGGGGAACGGCGUACCGACCCUCCGGUCCUUUUUGACGGACCCCUCCGUGGUGUCCGCUGAGACACGAGCUGAGAAUUCCCAACUCGAACCUCCACCUGGCCUCGCUCCGCCGGGAGAACCACUAAAACCAGGUCCUGGCGUGGACCUCCACCGUUUGCAAGGGGAGUUGUGGAGCUUGAAAGAAAGCCUUACCAAGAACUCGGCCGAACAAGCCCUGCGACACGAGGAGUUUGGGAAACAAAUGAUGAACGAAAUGUCUACGACGAUCGCAGAUUCGAUGCGUGCUAUGGUGUCGUCAAUGCUGCAGUCGAAUGGGGAAGAGAAACGCCAAACGAACGUUGAAGGACCUCCUUCAGCAACGUCGUCAACGACCGUUUCGGUUUCCAAUGCGGAGUUUUUCCCACAGAUCGGCCCGGAAGACCUCUCUUCGUUCCGUGUUUCGAACGGAGACCGGCGCAAAGCCAAUAUGCGUAAUUUCGGUGGUUGCCUGAAAGGAGAAGGAAAUACAGCUGACACCCCAGUUGGCGACCCUAUUGCGAGUGGGGUUGAUCUUGCUAGUCGCUGUCUGCAAACACCUGCGAAGAUCAGUGCGUUAGAGAUACCAAGAGGUCACGUUCUCCUCCCGGCGGGAGCUCUCGAGGCCGUCCGUGAAACGAAACGCCGUGACGCCCGCCGGUCUGGGGCACCCCGAGAUGACACGGAUGACGACUGCGACGACGGACCUGAGAACCGGCCUACGUUCGGACGAAGCGAGAAGACGACACGGAAAGACCGGAAAAACGCAAAGGCCCAUCUGCUGCGCACGGCCUACGCGUAUGGAGGACCUGUGGAAUGUGACGACAUCGAUGAUGGUAACCUCCGCAUGCAGGACGCGGACUCGGAGGCCUCGGACGAUAGUGCCCUCUCUCCUUACGCCGCGUAUGUAGAUCCGUUUAUAAGAUUUGAAGCCCGCCUACUAAGCCGGCUUGGCAACGCGUCUCUCGACCGCACAACGGUCCCGGAAGAAGCCAUGGCUCUAUACAACAAAACGAAAGAUAAACUUCGACAUCUCCGGAAGGUCCGCGAAGACGUUGAUCCGAACGAUAUUCAGUCGAUGGCUGGCGGGGUAGAGUCUUACCGCACCGUCCGCGUCACCGCUCGAAGUGGCGAUGCCUGCCCGGUGGCUGGGGCUUCGACGAACCACGGUCCUACACUUUCUAUGUUGCAAGUGUUGACAAACGAAAAUGGAGAAAGGGAGGUCGGUUUGUGCUCGGAAGGUGCGAAAUACGGACUCUUGCGACCGGAUACUCAUGAGUCUUGGGACCGUUGCCGAAUGGAUUGCGUCGAUUCUGACUUGCCUCGCCGUUGGCCCAGGAAAAAUGCAAUCGCGUCGUUGAUCGGAGAAGCCUUUGUUUCUUUGUUCGAAGACUCGGUUGGGAAACUUGCCGCGGGCGGAUCGGUCACACAGGCUCCUCCUUUCCGACAGCUCAAAGUGACGGCAACGUCUGACAGUUGGGGUGCGCACCAGAAGUACAUGAACGAUCUGCGGGACCGCAUCAAUUUUCAUCGAUCCCAUCGUUUCGACCGAGAAAUCCUUUCGCAUCUCCGACUCGAUAGUGACGAAGCUCGCGAAGCCAUGAGACAGACGGAGAUGCUAGAAUAUGCCCAUCCUAACGAAUUGGAGUUUUUCCUUGUCUUUGAAACAUCUUUGGCUUGUGCGUGUUACAUCCAAUACGAAUACCUGUUGAUGGAGAUACAACAAGAAUUUUGGUACGAAAUUGAUACGACAACCAUGUCGUCGCGCGCUGCCAUGGGUGAGUGGGCCCGGAAUUACACCGCCACCCAGAACAAGCUGGAAGCGCAAGGUUUUGCGAAAAGGGACUAUGCUUUUAAUACCGAUAUUUUCAAAGCUCGCACCAAGACAUUUCAGCACAACUACUUGAUAGCGCUUAUGUCCAAAACGGUUGAACAAACAACGAAUGAUGUUCUGAAAAAUCCACUCCCAAGAGCCACUUGGCGUGGAAAGUCAAAACUCCCUGACCACCAAGACACGAUCAACAGUGUUACGUUGGAGAAAUUAGUCGUGUAUUGUCAGCACAACGCCAUGGUCACCAAAGCCAUGGGCCUCGAGUACCAUUACGGCCAUCGAAACCGAGGAUACAAGAAACCGAGUAAGAAAACAUACGGCGCGUUCGUAGAAGAGGAAAAUGUUGCGGAGGUUUUCCGAGAACCGUUGUGCCCGUACUCGCACCUCAACCCGCAUAUCUUCGGUCGCGUUGCACCGGCCUAUCGUAGCAUCCAAAGUCGAAAAAACGAAGCCUUUCAGUCAUAUGGCUCCGGCGUGUUGUCAACGUACCCGACCCCAACGAACGCACCGUUCGCAAUGUUGGAUAGUCAAAAUGAGAUGGAGGAACUUUGCGUUGAAGUUCUUGACCCGAUUGAAGACAGCGUUUGUGUCUCGGCUGACUACUUGUUCGCGGAAAGUCUCCUCGGCGACGCAUGGACCGAGUACGCUGCAAAAGGAGGUAAAAAAGGAGGUGGAAAAUCCUCCGGGAAGGGUUCCGGAAAAGGUGGCAAAGGUAAGGGUCCACGGGAGUCUCCAAAGGGAGUUUCGAAAGGGAGUCAAGCUAAUCGACCUAAAGCAGCCGGCAAAGGACGCCCCGUUGUUCGAUGUCUGUCAGAUAAACAUUCAACUCCUGAUCAUGAUGCUUCCGAUUUACUUGGUGGCAUCGGCAAAGCAGCAGGAGUUGUCACUGUGGUGACCCAAGAUUGUGAGGACUGCCGACUGCAUCACCAACUCAUGUAUCUCACUCUACAUGGAAGCCAGAGUCGGCAAUCUUUGUGCCCAACCACUCUCCAGAAACUCCGUUGCCGCUUGAACCCGUCUCAUAGUUCCCACAACCUUGAAUGUAACCGCAUCGCGCCGACAAGUUGCCCGGGAGAAUCGCUCGUCGUUCGCGCAGCCACCAUUGCGGCAGCGGGCGGAACAACAAAGUGGUUGGAUGAAUCUCGCAAUGAGAAAGUCAAGCAGGUGUUAAAAGGGUGCAACAUGUUUGAGCUUGCCCUCCAACUUGGACAGAAGGCCGCUGCAAAUCCCAGUACGGAUGGUUUGAAAAGUUUGCUCGAGAACCACCGAGACGACGGCUUUGCACCGCUGCUGGAUGGCGUUGUCGAAUUCUUCGAGUAUGAAGAAGCUCAAGACGACGAUGACGACCCUUUCAACCAUGGGUUGCUUGCUCUCGAAGAUGGUUGGACCGACGGAAAAGGAACUUCGAGGAAACCUCUCUUUAAACUUGGUAACUCCCGUGGCCAGGCUGAGCCCUUGUUAACGGACGAUUCGGACGGGGAAGCGACCUUUGGACUAGCGGGAGACGGCGGCGGCGAUCCUUUUGCAGAACUUUUUGCUGCGAUGGGACAAACGAAAACAUUGAGCACGUAUGGUUCCGAAGCGCUCUCAUCGGGCGAAAGACGACCUGCCCCAUUGACGCUUUCCGAGAGGUCCCGACCUACGUUUCCCUUUGCAGUGCCAGUGCCGGAACUUGCUUGCCGAAUCAACCAGGAAGCUUCGUCAAUCGUAUGCCGCCAAGACCUGCAGGUCCUUGAAGAGGAGGUCCGCAUCCUUGCAGCCUCCCGAGUACCGGCGCCGUUCCGACGUGCUCCUGCUGGGCCACUGGGUAGCGCUUGGGUGAGUGGCAAAUCAGAAAACUGUGUUGUACCCGGAAUUGGUUUUUUCACGCUUCCUCGGAACGCCUCCAGAGAACCGACGUCCGGUUUGGCUGAAAUCUCUCAAGAAGGGCCUUUACCUCCGUCGCUGAGAUUGCUCGGACCAAUUUUCCAAACUCCUGUCCCCCGGCGACGACGGCAUCCGUCUGUUUCGUCCACCUCCUCGGGCGAAGACGCGGAUCCCUGGUUCAGGGCCGAACCCGACGUCCAUGGCCCUCUUGCCCGUCCGUCAACUUCGUCCUCGGGUAGCAGCAGCGACCCUUUUGGAGAGGAUCCCGGAGGUUCGUUGAGUAGGGACUCGGACCCCGGCGUGUACUCGGAAACGGACAGCGAUCGAGGUGAAGAACUCGACUCCUCCAUUGAAUGGAUCCGUCUCCCGUGCUAUAACCUCUCCCGAGAGGUCGUUUGGUGGCCGAGAACCCGAUAUUUACAACAGGUUCGCGAAGCCCUUGAGUGCUUGCCGACGUUUGAAGACGAAGAGGCCUUGAGGUGGUGGAUUCCUCACCUCUUCCGUGUGGCACGGUACGCCCGCAUCACGAUAACGGUGUUAGGAGGUGAAAUCCCUCUCUUGCGCAGCUGUGCUGAAUUGGAUGCAUUGAGUUUAAAUAUCCGAUACCAAUUGUGGCAUACUCGCAAUUUUGACAACCUUUUUGGUGGAGCUCGAUGGAGCCGCGAGAUCGACGCUCAGUCGCUGAUGAGGGAGGCACAAACCGUCAGGUUUUUGCAGGGAUGCUCUCCGGACAACGCAUUAAAAGAACAAUUCUGGGAAUGCGUUUGGGCUCUUACAACGCGCUUGAAAGGAUCACGUCCGCAUUUCCCAACAGGACUAACAGGUGGUGACGCCAACGACACCUCCGAAAUCAGUGUUGGGUCCGACAGCGAAGAACUUAGUGAAACUUCGCCCGAUGAACUACAGGCCGUCCUCAAAUUAACAAGGGAUCUCGUUGAACAAGCCAUCCUUUGUACACCUCGACUGGAUGAUCCCGCGGCUCUGCUGCCUGUUUCGAGUCUCCUUGCGGAAUAUUGCUCGCUUCAGACCGGCCCUCCCAACCUUUGGAGAGAGCUGCGACUCGGGCCGCUCGAAAUUGACCUCGUUGCGCUAGAAUACCGCAUCCGAGAGCAUCUCGGAAACCGAGACAGCUUCGCGGUUUUCAUCAAUGCCGCCUGGUGGGGUGCUAACAAACGUGUUUCGGCCCUCUUGAUGCUGUCCUCUCGUGACAUUCUGGUGCAGACUGACAUUCCACAAUGGGACCAGCAGCAGAGUUUUCAUCGACGGGCGCAACGCUUUUUCUUGAAGUUCCAUCACGGUGUUUCUUGCAACGAACUCCAAAUCGGGACGUUGGUCUUCCGGGUGCCUCGCUCGUCAGCCUGUCUUUACACGUGUGGACUGGAUGAAUCCUCCGAAACAAGUCUUUGCAUCUCUCCUGUCGUGCCUCCGUAUCGGGUGCUGAGCGGGACCAACAGUGCGCGCCACUUUGCAUCGGUGCUUCCAAGUCCCGAAGCGCAUUCCCGGGUCUUAGACCUUGAUAUCCGCUGUCAGAUCUGCCUGCUAACAAACUGCGCCAAAAUUCGGAAAGGAGCUGAGCAUGUUGCCCUCCACCAGCUUCUCAGCAUUGUCGCCGUAGAAGGACCGGUCGAACAGGAAGCGACGGCGCAUCGCCUCCAAACGUGUACAACUCAAGACCUUAACUCGAACGUCUGCGUUGUCUCGGUGUGGCGGGUUGACAAUCGAACGUCUCGCUCGCGACGACUUGCAAACCUGCUACGUGAGAACCCGGAACGUCGAAUUAUUGUGAUUGCAAACCUUGAGGCAGACACUGCUUUCGGGCCUGUCUACGAGGUCGUGCAGGAAUUGCGCGAAACAGCGAACGAACACCGCGUUCUACUGGUCCCGGUUUCCAAGGAACAGUACCUCUCCGCGACGCUGUGUUGGAAACGCGUCCUAGAAACUGCGUUUCCCCAGUACGCCGUGCCGUUUCGCGCUCUCCUCGGUACCGACCCAAACUUAACGUGUGAUGCCAACCAGCGAUUGCGGCUCCCGGCGGUGCCUUAUAUUGUGCACCCACCCUGCAAUUUCGCGGCAGGCCUUACUUCGCGGUUGCUCGUGGCCGGAGUUCCAUAUCACUUGAUCACAAACUUGAAAGAAUGGUGUGAACCCAGUUUGCUGAGCUUAAUAGAGAAGCAUGGUUUCCGGGUGGAUGCAACCACGUUUUGCCCCACCGAGACUGGUGGUUACCCCCUUGCAGGCGUCCGGACAAAAGGACGCUGGCCCUUGGUUGUGUGGGACAUCCGCUCCGAUGUCCGGUAUGAAGAUUUCCUCUGUUGUAUGUUAAAACAACAGCUGCAGAAUGUGCACGAUGUCUUUGUCAUCGCUACGGGGGCGUUCGCGCACAAAUUGCCUCUGUGGGCGGAUCGAAUUCGGUCUUUGCAUAUCGUUGACGGAUUGCGGUGCCGGUUGCCGGAGCAACAGGUACGACAUCUUUUGAAUAUGGGUGGUGGGAUCGAAUACUCUGCGAUCGAUGCUCCGGAUUCUUCACUUUCCCCUGACCUAGUUGCCUUGCCGGGUAGAGCGCUCGAUAGGAACUCGUCGACAAGUGCCGACAUCGAGUUUUCCACAGCCCCCCGGGACCCGGACGGAGGGCUCUCGUCGGUCCCCGACGAGUCUGAGCGCCCUUCCGAAGCGCCGACGCUUUGGGACCUCGGAAUCGGGCUCGAACCUUGGGACACACGAACUUACGACGAUUACCUCCACGAGCAGGGCCCAGAAACUUCGUUUGCAGGCGAAGGGCCUGACGUUCCUGCCUUUCCCCCGCCGGCAGCACCGCUUCCGACCAACCCGUUGCCCCUUGAAAAGGCGGGUUCCAGGAGUGAGAAAGCGGAGGAAGACGAGUGCUUCUUCGAUGCUGUCUCGGAAAUUUCCUGCAACUCUCGUUCGAGUUUACCACCUGGUCCGCGACCUCAAUGGUUCCAACCGAGAGUUCCGGUCGACGAACUCCAGGGGUCCCCGCCAAUGUCGGGGCCCGAACUCCGCCAACGAAUUGCAGUCGAGAGUAGCCGUCGAGAAAGAGGUCUCCAUGCACUCGAGUCGUUUGAAACGGGGAACGAAACGUUUCACACUGCCCUUGAACGGGGCGUGUGCCUUUCUCGCGCAACUCCGUAUAUCCUUGUCACGAACAGCGCGGGAGCGGCUCGAGAAGUCGAUCGAUUGCGCGACGCCGGAUACCAGGUUGACGACGUUUUCCGCCAGAAGGGCUCAAUGUAUCGCCUUGACGACCUUCAUCAAAGGUUCCCAAAGCAUCGUCUGCUCGUGGUGUGGUCGUUCCGAACAGCGACGGUCCGUGCUUUCAUUUUCGACGCAGAAACCUUGCAAAAACGUUUCCCGCAUGACCUUUUCGUCGUUGCAACGGGACCGCAGCCACUCCUUAAUAAAUGGUUUGAACAGACAGAGCUCAUCCUUCCAGUCACCGUCCUCCCAACUCCGCACGAGUCGUGUUGUGGGAAGAAAGGUCGAAAGAUUUGGAACGCGGCAAUAUUGCAGUGCGGUUCCAACGAACGUUAUUGGACAGCGCGAGCUGGAAUCCGCAUGCCGAUGUCAACGCUCGGAGCAUUGCAAGGAAAUGCUUUACCGGAGGGACCUCCGAUCCAUGGCACAACGACCCUUUCGGGAUCGCUGAUCCGCCCGACAGGCGUUCGGUCGGAUUACCGACUUAACGUUACGUCUAAAGAAGGGGUGGUGAUCCUCCAAGUGGACGGUGGAAUCACUGAAACUGAACUUCGAUACGCGUUCCCACGUCUCGAUCCCUCCGUGCUCUCGGUUGUUACCGCCGAAACCCGUGACACCACUUAUCGAGUUUCGGCUGCACGAGCCUUUAGUGAAUUUGCACGGCGCGACGCGCAUUACAAGUCCGACCAGGUGCAAGCGGCCAUCCGCCAAACGCGCCGACAGCUAGACCUCGACGGAACAAACCACAAUGCACUACCUCGAACUUUCGGAACUACCUUGUUAAUGACGUGGUUUGCCCUUUGGUGGGGUGUCAGCUCAGCUGUUUCAUUUGAACCGGUGAGUCUGUUCAACGCAAUCUUGGCGGUUUCAGUUGCAAUAUGGUUGUCGAGUCGGGACGUUUGUUUGUGGCUGCAACCUUCGACUGGCAAAGAUGUUUCUACAGAACCUUCGUACCGAGUUGGGUUCGGGAACGAAGAGUUCCGCNGAAGCGACGGCGCAUCGCCUCCAAACGUGUACAACUCAAGACCUUAACUCGAACGUCUGCGUUGUCUCGGUGUGGCGGGUUGACAAUCGAACGUCUCGCUCGCGACGACUUGCAAACCUGCUACGUGAGAAUCCGGAGCGUCGAAUUAUUGUGAUUGCAAAUCUUGAGGCAGAAACUGCUUUCGGGCCUGUCUACGAGGUCGUGCAGGAAUUGCGCGAAACAGCGAACGAACGCCGCGUUCUACUGGUCCCGGUUUCCAAGGAACAGUACCUCUCCGCGACGCUGUGUUGGAAACGCGUCCUAGAAACUGCGUUUCCCCAGUACGCCGUGCCGUUUCGCGCUCUCCUCGGUACCGACCCAAACUUAACGUGUGAUGCCAGCCAGCGACUGCGGCUCCCGGCGGUGCCUUAUGUUGUGCACCCACCCUGCAAUUUCGCGGCAGGCCUUACUUCGCGGUUGCUCGUGGCCGGAGUUCCAUAUCACUUGAUCACAAACUUGAAAGAAUGGCGCGAACCCAGUUUGCUGAGCUUAAUAGAGAAACAUGGUUUCCGGGUGGAUGCAGCCACGUUUUGCCCCACCGAGACUGGUGGUUACCCCCUCGCAGGCGUCCGGACAAAAGGACGCUGGCCCUUGGUUGUGUGGGACAUCCGCUCCGAUGUCCGGUAUGAAGAUUUCCUGUGUUGUAUGUUAAAACAACAGCUGCAGAAUGUGCACGAUGUCUUUGUCAUCGCUACGGGGGCGUUUGCGCACAAAUUGCCUCUGUGGGCGGAUCGAAUUCGGUCCUUGCAUAUCGUUGACGGAUUGCGGUGCCGUUUGCCGGAGCAACAGGUACGACAUCUUUUGAAUAUGGGUGGUGGGAUCGAAUACUCUGCGAUCGAUGCUCCGGAUUCCUCACUUUCCCCUGACCUGGUUGCCUCGCCUGGUAGAGCGCUCGAUAGGAACUCGUCGACGAGUGCCGACGUCGAGUUUUCCACAGCCCCCCGGGACCCGGACGGAGGGCUCUCGUCGGUCCCCGACGAGUCUGAGCGCCCUUCCGAAGCGCCGACGCUUUGGGACCUCGGAAUCGGGCUCGAACCUUGGGACACACGAACUUACGACGAUUACCUCCACGAGCAGGGCCCAGAAACUUCGUUUGCAGGCGAAGGGCCUGACGUUCCUGCCCUUCCCCCGCCGGCAGCACCGCUUCCGACCAACCCGCUGCCCCCUGAAAAAGCGGGUCCCAGUAGUGAGAAAUCGGAGGAAGACGAGUGCUUCUUCGAUGCUGUCUCGGAAAUUUCCUGCAACUCUCGUUCGAGUUUGCCACCCGGUCCGCGACCUCAAUGGUUCCAACCGAGAGUUCCGGCCGACGAACUCCAGGGGUCUCCGCCAAUGUCGGGGCCCGAACUCCGCCAACGAAUUGCAGUCGAGAGUAGUCGUCGAGAAAGAGGUCUCCAUGCACUCGAGUCGUUUGAAACGGGGAACGAAACGUUUCGCACUGCCCUUGAACGGGGCGCGUGCCUUUCUCGCGCAACUCCGUAUAUCCUUGUCACGAACAGCGCGGGAGCGGCUCGAGAAGUCGAUCGAUUGCGCGACGCCGGAUACCAGGUUGACGAUGUUUUCCGCCAGAAGGGCUCAAUGUAUCGCCUUGACGACCUUCACCAAAGGUUCCCAAAGCAUCGUCUGCUCGUGGUGUGGUCGUUCCGAACAGCGACAGUCAGUGCUUUCAUUUUCGACGCGGAAACCUUGCAAAAACGCCUCCCGCACGACCUUUUCGUCGUUGCAACGGGACCGCAGCCACUCCUUAACAAAUGGUUUGAACAGACGGAGCUCAUCCUUCCAGUCACCGUCCUCCCAACUCCGCACGAGUCGUGUUGUGGGAAGAAAGGCCGAAAAAUUUGGAACGCAGCAAUAUUGCAGUGCGGUUCCAACGAACGUUAUUGGACAGCGCGAGCCGGAAUCCGCAUGCCGAUGCCAACUCUCGGAGCAUUGCAAGGAAAUGCUUUACCGGAGGGACCUCCGAUCCAUGGCACAGCGACCCUUUCGGGAUCGCUGAUCCGCCCGACAGGCGUUCGGUCGGAUUACCGACUUAACGUUACGUCUAAAGAGGGAGUGGUGAUCCUCCAAGUGGACGGUGGAAUCACUGAAACUGAACUUCGAUACGCGUUCCCGCGUCUCGAUCCCUCCGUGCUCUCGGUUGUUACCGCCGAAACCCGUGACACCACUUAUCGGGUUUCGGCUGCACGAGCUUUUAGUGAAUUUGCACGGCGCGACGCGCAUUACAAGUCCGACCAGGUGCAAGCGGCCAUCCGCCAAACGCGCCGACAGUUAGACCUCGACGGAACAAACCACAAUGCACUACCUCGGACUUUCGGAGCCACCUUGUUAAUGACGUGGCUCGCCCUUUGGUGGGGUGUCAGCUCAGCUGUUUCAUUUGAGCCGGUGAGUCUGUUCAACGCAAUCUUGGCGGUUUCAGUUGCAAUAUGGUUGUCGAGUCGGGACGUUUGUUUGUGGCUGCAACCUUCGACUGGCAAAGAUGUUCCUACAGAACCUUCGUACCGAGUUGGGUUCGGAAACGAAGAGUUCCGCCAAAAACUGGGGCGGCAACGGCAAACCCAACUCGCCCAAGACAUCCACGGAAAAACCGCCGCCUUUUCGGUAGACCCUCUUGGAAAUCGGGUCUGGGUCGCGAUACCAUAUGGCGACAAAGGCGAUGUGGUCGUCACAUUAAUGCUGCUCGAUACCGGGUGCUUUGUGUCACUGUAUCUGCUUGGACAUACCUUGGCAUCUGCCUUUUUCCUUGCCGCCUAUGGAGUCGGCUUUGCAACGUUGCAAGGAGUCACCGAACUCGUCAAUCUCGGCGCUCCCACCGGGCCAUUAACCGAAGUCCUUCGAUAUGCGCAUCUUGACCUGCAUUUCGCAGGAUGGACGAAAACCAAAAACGCAUUUGACUGGUGGAAACUUGGCCCUGGUGAACCACGAGCCCAGGUGCCGAUGGGCCCUGCCCCCGGCGCCGGCCGCACGUUAGUACCAAAGUGGUGUUUCAAGAACCUCAACAAACUCGGCACUCCGAUCUGCCGUCCGCCCAAAGAGUGGGAAAAUCUAGGCAAAGGUAUCGGCGCCAUGGCGGUUUCGUGGCUUUACAACACCGACAGCCUCAUUGGGGGGCACCAAAUGACGUUGCGAGUCGGGUACAUGAUGCCCUUUGCCGGAGCACCCGGAGACGAGACUGGGUCUUAUAUGUUUACUCGAAUUUAUCAUGAGGCUUCGAAAGCACUCAUCACGCCGCUUUUUGUCCCGCGUGCCCCCUCUGUUGCACGCAAUGGCAACUAUUUUCAUCGAUUCUGUGACAGGUAUAAAGUAGAUGGUAACGACUUUGAAGCGGCAAAGAAGGAACUUGAGAAACAUGGCACUAACAUUGAAGCUCCGGAGACCGUCCGCCGCCUCUACGUUGCGAUGCAAGGAGAAGCGGAACGAGCAGCUGGGCGAAUCCAAACCAAAGCGUCGGUGUUGAAGAAACCUAGCGUUGAACCACCUGCCACUCCACUUUCUUCGACGACGGACCCUAAAAGAACCACGUCGCCCCAACAAGUUCAACAGGUCCCCGGAGGUGAAAGGAAAGAGGCUUUUGAAGGUCCCACAGUGUCGUUUGGAGACGUUCAGGUCCGAGCCAUUGGAGCUACGGCAGUUGACCCUCCGACCGAACCCUCGGUGUCGGCCUCCCAGCGAUACGAAGGCGCGUCUGGGUUGUCGUUGUUCGGGCAAUACCGAGCUUCCGAACUUCCACCUGUCGACACCAGGGCUUUGUCUCGAGUGCAACCUAUUUUGUCAGCGCCGUUUGAUUCGGUGGGGUCUUUGGCUUAUGCCUCUGCGAUUUCUGAGGACUUCGCGGAGGGAGACCCCCAAACAGAUACAGAAGAGGAUCGGAUUUUCUCGAGCGAUGAUGAAGACGAAGAUCUUGACUAUCGAGCCGCCCUAGCUGAAGACUCGCAACCGGGUGUCUGCGAUCAACAUUUCAGCCGUAUGACUCCUGAACAGCGAAAGCUUGUUUACGAUUGGGUUGCGAACGCUGCCCAUACGAGGCGGUUCCGAGAGAGAUGGCGUCCGCAUCUCGUUGCAGGACAAGGAUGUGCCUUGAUAGUGCUUGUUUUCUUGCUAAUUUUCUCGGUUGCGCAAGGACUCGUCGAAGAAAUCCGGCGACCGACUAAGGUCCUUUCGAAAAUGAUCUCGACGUCUCAUGCCAGUGCGUCUCCUUUACCGAGACCACCGCCAACCACUGAUAACCCCGCAAAGGUGCCCGCGCCGGGACUCUGGGCCGACGACGAGCGGGACGAUAAAGCAAUUGCCGCAGAACUCCUUCGCACCGACCGCACUGAAGGCGCAGCGCAACUCGACAACGCAAAAGGUUAUUUCCAAUGGCUGCUGUCCAACCGGUUGCAACGGUACAUGGCUUGGGUGUUUGGGCACCGGGUUGCUAGGCCUUUGCGGAUGUUUCUCGGCUGGUGUCCGUCGCCACAGAUUUUCUGUGCAGGAUCACAAACCUUUUUCGGGCGCUUGCGAGAUCCGAACCUAACACCAGAUGACACGACGACCUUUUUCGGACCUUGCGACGACAGCACCCUCGACGAUUUCGACGCUCGCCGUCGACUUGAAGAAGCUGUCUCGGAACUUGCCGAGGGCGAUCUCCCGAUCCCCUUUGCCACUCGCACGGGCACCAACGUGAUUAUGGCUUGCGACAGCGCCAGUCUGCCCCGACAGAGCCGGUAUGGGCGCACAAGCUUGUAUGAUGACGUCCCGGAUUUGCAACCUAGCCUUUCGGACAACGAUUCCGACUAUGACGAAACAGACGCGCCUGUUCUCGUCGAUGGCCACAUCCCGGUCGCUGGCAUGCUCGAGUUCACCGACGACGUCUCUGAUCCUGCCCCAAAAUUGGCUUCAACCGGCUCGGAACAAACCGACACGGAAAGGAGCUGUCCCUUGCCUCGUAGGGCGGAUCAACGGCGCACAGCCGAGGAGAAAAUCAAAUUCCUGGAAAUGAACGUUCGGGGCCGGGAGUUUUUGAUACCUUAUGUUGACGACCUCAAUUUCGUCUUCCUUUUCGGCCUCCAGCUUCUAUAUCGGCUUACGAUUACCUUAGUCCGCAGCCUCCAAACCGGGUGCAUAUUUUCGUUGAAAAAGAUCAUCAUCGCUCAGGUUGUCGACGCGCUAGGUUGGAGAAUAAACGUUCCGAGGCGAUGUCGAAUUGUCGAUCCGUCAAAAGCAUCUGCGAUCCGAAGCUAUAAAUGGGAAGUAGUUUGCGCGAAUGUGAAGAACCUCACCCAGUUCCUUGCUAUCUCCUCGUACUUGCGCGACGCCUUUUACAACUUCGACACCGAUUACUUGGCUUCUUUCCAGGACCCGAAAAAGCAUAAGUUGAUGAAACAAGACGCCCGCGCGAAGGAGGCCUUUCUUGAGCUGCAACGUUCCUUAUCGAGCACCGUGGAACAUGCCGAAAUCGACAUGGAAGGCGCCCGGGCGUGGACAACGGCGCCUUCUGGGCAGUGCGGCCUCUUGCGGGUAUCUAUUGAUGCCUCGCUAACACGAGUGGCGUGUUUCAUCGUUCAACUUCAGCAGAUCGACAAUGUCUGGGUGAACCGACUCGUUUUCGCGAUGUCUAAGAAAUUUUCACGCGACCAGAAAACCCGCAUCGGAGCGCACUCUUUACAUGCGGAGGUAAUGGCCCUCCUUUUUUUCGUCCGGCAUGUGCGGCCGAAGCUACCACAAGUGGCCUACAUUUUGCAUUUUGACAACAGCGUCUUGUCUUUGUCGCAGCUCUGGUCGACGUGUUCUAACGGAACAAUUAUGCGCAGCCUUUUAGCUGCCAUUACAGAGAUCUUGGCGUCUCUUGCCCAAGACGAGAGUUACCUGAUCAAUGUAGUCCGAGAAGCUAACAUUUCAGAUAAAGGCACUCAUCAGGAUGUAUUGCCUGAAGAGAUGAAACGCGAGAAGUUCCAGGAUUUAGUCGAUCUCGUGAAGAAACUGUAUGGCGACAACAAGAUUACUCCAGCCCCAGUGCCGCGACCUGAAACUGCGACUUCAGCGCUACACCGAUAUUCUGUUUGUGCGGCGACGGGACUUGAAGAAGUUGUUCCUUUCCCGGUGGGAUUUGCAGCCAUCCAAACGGCGUGCCAGCUCUGCGUGACGCACGCUGUCAGGAAGUCGCACCUUAAACCCAAUUGUCCGACGCGCCACUUACUUCGCGUACGAGAAACCGGCCAAUUUGAGCCUCAGAUGAUGAUCAGCGUGCAGGUCGGGUUUACAUCUGCAAUCUCGGAAGUGUCUUGCGCACCGCCCCUCGCGGUCUAUUCCGUGUGCCAGUUGGAACAGGGAGUAGAGGUUGUUGCCACCGCUGUCGGCAACCGACCGGUCGGCAUUACACCUCGAGUUGUCCUGACGGAUGUUGUUUCAGGCCGCCGGUUGCAGCCUCGAUUCUUGGUGUUCGUCCAGCUGGAUAAUUUCGAGCACGAUGAGGUCACCUCCAGCGGGCUUGAACCAGAGGUGAUGCAAAAUUUCAGAGAGUUUCGCUCAAAGAUUACCAACAACGCGACAGAUGAGCAGAUCGAAACAAAGAUGAAGGAACGCCUCCAGAAGGCCCGAGACAGAACACAAGGAGAAACGUUCGAGGUUUGGCACCAGAAAACGGCGGAUAUGCUCAUGCACAAAUUCGAACACACACUUCCUUUGUUGCUCCGGUGCAUGGUAGUUAAAAUUUGCCUGAUUCUAGGGGAAGCUUUGUGGUCCGAAGGACAACCAUUCCCAACGAUCACAGUGGCCCGUGCUUUUCACCCGACUAAACCUGGAUAUACCGGGUGGGGCAAGCUCAGGAAAAUACAAUUGGAGGGGAUCCUUGGAAAAAUUCUGCUUUUUCACAUGAUGGAAAUGCUGUUGGAGGGAUUGUUGGUGGAUCACGUGUCUUUCAUUCACGGCGUGCCAAUUCACGUAUCGGCAAUGUUCUUAGCGGUGCGCGUUGGAGACCCACUAGCCCGGCUUAUUUGUGAAGCCAUCGAACUGAACAAGGGAUUCAUGCCGGCAGUCCUGCCCCUUUUCGCAUGUGCGGACGUUUGGAAGGAGAUGCUUCAGGGUCUUGCACCGAUACCAGCUCGAAGGUACCGAGAACAAACUCGUGCCCUGGCGUCGAAGGCAUGCCAACCAUACCAACGACGCGAAGUUAAAGACAAACCGACCGUACCGUUCACGCUACCUAUCACAAAGCCAUUUUCGCUGUACGUCUCCCGCGUUCGAGGCCAAGGGCAAGACAGCAUUGCCCUUACAAUCCGCCCGAAACAUCCUUUCCCACCAGAGGGUCGGCGCGAUCUGCGAUUCCGGGAUGUCACUGCCGAAAACCAACCUUAUGUUAGGUUCCAACGAAUAAUGAAAUCCCUUUUUCCUUUGGCGCAGCACCCACCACGACCCGCUUCGUUUGUUGUAUACGACGUUGUUCAGGAGACGGAAACGCAAGCAGAGUGGGAAUCCCUCGCGUCAAGGAGAGGAGGAUAUCGCGUGUCGUUGAUGCCAUCCAAGAAGUUGUGUUUCGCCGGUUUCCCGAACGCGGGAUUCGAAUGCCGGAAUUGCGUCCUGACCCACAUCGAUGGGCCAGCCCACUAUUAUAUUUGUGGACGCACUUUGGAUCAGGAAGAUGUCAAAAACGCCCUUGGGGUGCCGGACGCGGAUCCAGCGCCCGCCCUUCCUCAGCCUGAGCGCCUGCAACCGGACGAACCGGACGCAGGCCAACCGCUGCAACAGGAACCAAAACCGACAGGAAAGUCGACGAGCACCGGAGGAAAAGCAGAACAGGAGGGUGCGCGUACCGCCUCGGACCUUAAGAAAGAGCCCAUCAGGGCUUGUAUACAAAAAGCAAAAGAAAUUUCGCAAAUUUUGUGGGAUUACUCUCCACCGGAUUGCGAAGGAUCCCACAACCCCGACUCCGAUGGAGGUAGUGGGUGGAUGCGCCUUUACCAAACAAUGAUGCCAAGUAACCGAUUAAAAUCGGUUGUCAAGGUUCAUGUUCACGACAACCGCGAAACGAUAGACAACUCGUAUAUCGAAAUCCCAUUGUUUUGUCUCCGAGUGGCAAUUUUAAGAGGAUCCCGAUUGGAGUACCUUGGCGCGGCCUUACCCGGACCUCUCAAACUCGUUGGCCGAGGCAUCGAGGUUGCAGCACCAAAUUUCGUCGCAGUAUACGAACAUGCACCGAGUUACACGGUGCAACUCCCCGCAGAUCUCCUCCCUGCUAUCGCCCAGGGAGUCCGACAUGAACUUCCCCACGUUUUUGAAAUCGAAGACGCCCGAUCCAAAGGCGUCGACGAAACGGGGUUAACGGGCGUUGUCCGUCGCUGCCGUACAAAACGGGGUCUCAAAGUGUCCGACAAACUUCUCCGACAACUGGUAGCGGACGCGCGACGGUUCACCAUUGACGCGGGCCUCAUUUUCGUUCACCGCCCGAAAACAGGUUGGCAUUUGUGGGUCCCUCGAUCCCUGGUUGCAAACUGCCUUGGCGAAACGGAUGUGUGCGUAUUGCGCCAAACUAUCAACUAUUACCACAGUAGCCGUUUUCACCUCGCCCCGUUGGGCAUUGUAAUGGUAAUGGAGCAAAAACGGUUGCAUCACGACGAAAUGCUCCGAAUUGCACGGGACCUUGUCAUGUAUUGUUUGGAAUGCCUAUAUUUGACAUCCCAUUCUCCCAAACCGGGAUUGCCGCGUGGAGAUGCGUCCACAGUCACGAUUCCUGGAGCAACACUUUUCAUAGAUUUUAUGACACAUCUUCCCCGAUCAUCGGCAGGCAACACUUGCAUUUUUACAGCAGUGGAUGCGUCCGCGCCAGUUCUUUGGGCUACGGCGCUUCCCGCCGCAACAGCGCAUGCAGCGGCGAACGAGGUUUUCAAAAUAAACAAAUAUGCCGAGUUUGGCGACUACAUGUUGAUUCGAUGUGACAACGGCAACCAUUUCUUGGACGAAUUCAAGAAGGAAUUAGAGCGGUUGCACACAUCUGAAAUGUCAAUGGACCCACCCAAGGUGGCCCAUGGUUCGGCCUACCAACCAGAGGCACAAGAAACGGUCGAAGCGCCCCAUUCCGAGAUUAACAAAUCGAUCCGCGUGAACCUCUUUUCAGUUGAUUGUUUCGUUAGAGGAGAUGCAGACGGAGUUGAGUCCUGGAAAUUCGAAGAACAAAUCGCCGUCACGGAUUUACAAAACGACAGUUCGUGGGACGUGCGCCUACACCCCAUCGUGCGCAAUCUGAAUGACCGGCCUAAGCUUGGAAUGGGGGCUAGCAACUUAGUGGCUUAUCGCGGUCGUGGACUCCGCCCUUCUUCCACCGAUCCGGCGUUGCUGUGCACCGCAGUAGAAGAAACCCGUGACGAGAGAGGAGCUGCGAUGGCCCUCGCAAUUACCGAAGCCACAGCCCUCCGAGUCCGACACCGACAGGCCUCAAACGCGAGUAAGCGACGACAGCGAGCGGGAGAAGCGCACAGCGACAUUUCGAUCUGGCUUGCGAAAGGCCAAUUUGUAGCCCGCCUUCGACCGUCCCCAACCAAAUUCGAAUCACGGUAUAUUCGCCAGAUCUACGUUGUCGCGCGAGCGUCCACCCGCUCUGUUUACUUGGAACGGGCCGACGGCCGUCAUUAUGCCGGUUACAACCCGAUUUCCGCCUCUCAAGUUAUGCCUCUCCGAAUUACGCUCUCGGCCAUUCGCGCGUAUCUAACUGGUUGUGGGUUGAACGAACAAGAAGCGACCAAGCAGAUGCGUCACUUACAAUUGUUGGGAGCUCGGUACGAAAACGAGACGACAAUCCUUGGGACAGAGGAGUCAGGCGACGAACCAGUGGAACACCUGUACGCAUCGAAAUGGUCGGAGGGCGGUUUCAUAAUCGCUCUUUGGAACCUCGAUGGGUUAAACCGCACACUAGAGUGCAUGCCGCGGUGGCGCCGUUUGUGUCUCCUGCUCCGGACCGCACACAUCGUUUUCCUCCUCGAAACGAAAAUUGCAAAGAAAGACGAAGGAAAAUGGUCGAAGGUGCUCCUCGAGUUGGCUAAUGGAGCUGCGUCGCAUGACUGGCAGGUCCUCUUCUCCAGCGCCCUCCUUCGACCGGGAAAUUUUGGAGUCGCAGUACUGGCACGUGCAGCGACCAACGCAGUCCUAAAAGAAGAAAUCAUCAGACCAACGACGACCGAAGAUUACUGCGUUUCGCUCGAAGGGCGCAUCGUAAGCGCCACAACGAAAUCUUUCACAGCAGUCGGCAUUUACAGCGUCAACAGCAGACCCGGGUUACGCCGACUAGAAACGCGCAAACAGUUCGACGCCCGCUUGAUAGAAUAUCUCCAGGGUCUCGCCGAGGACAAUGGAAAGCAAGGCCCGAUACUGGCGAUGGGAGAUUACAACGCGUUACACUCAAUGUCCAGUGACGCAAUCUCAGCCGACGCACCGCGUCGGGAUGACAAUAACGAAAUAAUUCCGUCAUUAUCGGUGGAAGAACACCAGUUAUUUCUUGAACUGUGUGAAAAAACAGGAUACAGCAGAACGCCGGUAACGUGGAGCGACAAGCAAAAUACCUACUCUUUCACACCACCUCGGAUGGAUGCAUCAGUCGGAUUUACGCUUGAUCAUGCCUUAACAUGGGGCACAUUCAAACACGGACCUCCCCUCGCAGAGAGGUACCGACGGAUGCAACCCACAAAGUGGGAAACAGAAGAACCGCAGGAUUUUCAACUGGGAUUGCUAUCACCUCUAUACGGCGACCAUGGAUGUUUGGUCGCAAGCGUCUGCGCCGCAUCAUAAACGGCCCAAGUCGUGCCGAAGAGGCGUUGGUCGAAUAUAUGAGACUACAAAACGACACGAUCUUGGUCCGUGGGAAUGAAACAGAAGAAGAAGGGCCGACCUGCAAAUAGAGGUCGGCCUUGAGAUCCAUUGAAAGAAGAGGCACUCGUUCAAGAUCCUUGGUGAAAAUCCUGUCAAAAGAAUUUGGAAAGAGAUGUGCAUAAGAAGGUGUGGCAGUUCGUCGAAGAUGGUGUAUCGAAUGAUUGAUGCGUUGUUUUACAAGGAUUGUGUAUAUCAUCAUCAUUAUCCAAGAAGAUAAGCUGCUUUAUCAUCAUCUCCUCACAACCCACACCUUUAGUUGAGCUGAUUAUUUACAGGAUUCGGUAAGCCUCUGGCCUGAGUCUAACGCGAACAUAUCAUUUGUUCUGUCUUGCAACUUGUUUUACAUAUAUAUUGUUAACGCAACAUCUUUAUACAUAUAUUCAUAUAUCCGUCCAGCUAUAUAAACAUAGAGAAUAAGAAAGUUGACCUCGAAACGAUAAGAUCCAUCUGUUGAUAGACCAACCGCGGCCUUCGCACGGUUGUCUGGCAAACGGUUCUCCUAACCGAGUUUGCAUCAAGAUCGAGGCCUCCGCCCGAUCGACCUAAGUAUCUUUGUACACACAAGACUGAGGCCUCCGCGCAGUCUACGUUAUCUGAUUUCAUACGUGAUAGUUCCAAUAGACUAAGGCCUUCGCGUAGUCUAACCAAACUGCAUCUUAGAUUUGACUAACCGAGGCCUCUGCACGGUUGAAACGAGACUUUUCUGCGCAUACGAGAUAAUCCUAAAGACUGAGGCCUCCGCACAGUCUUCAUACAUACGAUUUUGAGAUAUUUAUUGUGCCCAAGACCUCGGCCUCCGCGCGGUCUUGCAAAUACGAGUUACAAAAGAGUUUCACCGAAACACCUUUAGACAGGUGAGCCUGGUGUUCGUGGUAGCUCCGACGUUGAUCUUCACUCCCACGGUCCUAGAGAGAGAGUGUCGCUAGGCACAUCCACUUUUACUUCCCCAGCUGCAGUCAAAGACGGCCGAUCGGAGACGCAAUUUAAGACUUCCGGGAAUCCAUCAACAAGUGGGACAUCUUCUUGGGCUUACUCCCUCCCUUUGCAAAUAGACAAUACCUCGCGAACAGGUAAAUGAAUGAAUGAAUUCCCCUUCAUCCCGACUUCGAAUCCAUUUUUCAAACGCUUAUUCGGGAUGAAGGGUAAUGUCCAGGAGGAUAAAGGAUGACUUUCAAGAUGGCUUCCAGGGAGAUCUAAGCAACAGGAAUGAUCGCGACUCUGAUCGCUUCUAUUUUUGUGGGACAUGUGAGACUUGAUCUCUUGACAGAAAGUCGAAAAUUGAAAAAGAUCCAAUCAAUACCCUGAAUUUAAAAUUUAAAAAAUAAAAUAAAGAAUGAAGAAAGAAAUAAAUGAGAAUCUUAUCUCUUGAUCGUGGUCCGGGGUGCUGUGUGGUUUAUAAGUUUGGGAUCUUGAGUCUUCUCCGAAAAAGGUGUCUUGAUGUAUGCUCUAAGACUGACAAUUGGGAAAAAAUUUUUUCUGAUCGUGAUGGUUGUGGUUUUUUGUAGAUGUUGUGAUUUCUUAUUAAUCUUCUUCUCCUCGUGAUCAUCUUGUUGGGUGUUUAGUUGAGCAGAUUUUCUCUUCAUUAUCAUCCUCCCAUAUGAUGUGAUUUGAUUUUUUACUUCUUCUUCUACUUGUUAUUUUUUCUUUGUAUUGUGAUCUUCUUGGUGUACGUUAACUUGGUCGUAUCUUUCUUUGCUUCCCUGUUGCUAUCAACCAUGACGUGACUUCUUACCUUUCUUAAAUUAUAUCAUUCCACACUAUCGAUUGAUGCCUCUUGUGCUGUCUUUGUAUUAAAAACCUUUUCUUGGAUUGAAUGGAAAAACAAAAACAAAACCUUUCAAGCCAAAUUUUAGCUGUGCAGGAGUAAAGACACUGGAAGUACUUAGCGUGUAGCAGAGGCGAAGCUACCGAUGUAACUAAGUGUUCAAAAUCACCUCGUCGAGGAACCAGGGUUUCUCUGUAACCUGGCAGAGUUGAUAUACAUUCCGAUGAGAUAUGUCUGCCGAUUGAAGUGCUGUAACGCAGAAGAAGACGAUCUAAGCUGCUGCGAGCGUGAGAAGCAGAUCAAUAGCAUCGAAGGUUUCUGCAAGGGGUGUCUCUGCAAGCGCGUUUCAUCUGGGAAGAAAUCAUGUGCAGAUCAUUCAUCAGAAGACGACGAGACUGGAGCUGUGGAGAAUGGCUUAGCAGCUGUUGUCUCUGAGCCUGUGGAGCGUGAACCAUUAGUGGGACAUGUCAUCGUGGCCGCGCAGCCUGAAUAUUACUGGAAUUUCAGGGAGGAUCAAUCUCAGUCAUUAGUGAAUAACGAGGAGAGGCGCUACAUGAAGAUGGUGUCGUAAAGAUAUGAGGCAUGUGUUGUAAUUUGUUACCAUGAUCUAGACAUACGGAAGAUGACAACAGACAAGAACUGUGGUUAUCCAAAAUCUAAAGAUCUAACCGGUAAAUUUGCGCUCCGAUAGGAGGCACUCAUUUACUGGAUGACCUCACAGGUAGACAUGCACAGCAACAAACGAGGUUCCAUGACAUGACAGUAGUGUAGUUGCACACUAGGAGACUUAAGUUUGUUGUAAAUAUGGGUUUUCACCUGUCUGGCGGCGAUUGCUGGACGAUCCUGAGCUAGCAGUACAUCAGCGAAAGUGUGACUUCUUGCGUAAAUAGAAAUCUAAAGACUAUCGUCUACUUUCUUGAUUUCUGAUGUACAUGUAGACGCCGUAUUUCAUCUUGUCACCAACACCAUUCAUAAAUUCCCCUUUUCAAAAACUAAACACUUUAGGAAAGGACAGAAAAUGAUGAGCCACCUACUCCAUCGUCGGAACCUCUGC